AUGAAUACAGAUCGAAAAAGUAACGAGUCAAAGAAAUUGGCAGCGGCUCGUGUGGCUGAGACUUCGGCUAGUGCUGCCAGCAACAGAGACACCAAAGACAAGUGCAUUACGGACUUUGUUAUGAAGGGUGCCAGCGGGAUGAUAAUCGGCACUCUAUUUACGGUACUCUACACACGCCCACGCACCUAUCCGAUCUGGCUCUGCAUGGGCAUUGGCAUGGGCCUGGCCUACGAUUGCUGCCAGAAUCGUUUGGCCAACGUGGAUGAAAAUUAACAAAAAUUAUGAAUAAAUGAACAGAC